AUGUACGGCUCUUAUAAUGCACAAGGCUCAGAGCUUGCUCGCUGGAGGCCUCCUCAACAACCACACCACCACUGGCUUUGCGACCAACACAUCGGCUCAUACUGGGGUGAAUUUAGCAUGGGGGACCUCAGCGAUGCAGAUUUUGAGCGAAGGAAUGGGUUCUCUCGAGAGGAGCUGAGAGAGGUGGAACAGAAAAGGCUGAACGAAAAGAAUGCAUUGGAAUUCGGGGCACGUAUGCGCGGUGGUUUCACCACUGUCUCCAUGGAGAAAGCCGCAAGGUUUCUGGAUAAGCAGGAGGUGUGUGGAGACAAGAAGAUUCUGACCCAAUUCAUCUGUAUACCAGAUCCUGCUAAUGCUCGUUUCCAGGCGGAGGAGGCGAGACAAAAUAAACGCGAAGAGAUGAGCAACUGUGCGCGUUGGAUGUGGUUCAUGGAACCUGAGGCUGGGGUCGCGCGCCCCGUUGAGAUUAUAAUGGAUACUGGUUCUGGAGAGAACUUCAUGACCGAAGGAAUGGCCAAAGACCACAAGCUUCCGGUACAGAAGCUUUCAAGCCCGGUGACUUUUGACUUGGCCGUGGGCGAGGUCACCUGCCAGUACCGAGUCGAAGUCAGCUGGAUGGGGGCCGGUAACGAGCACGGCAUCGCGGAGUUCUAUCUUCUCCCACCGGAUGACCCACGAAUCGAUAAACCUUUGCUCGGGAGAGACUCGAUACAAGAGUUCCGGGACUUGCUUCUGACGGAACGUCCGAGGAAGGCCAUUGCGUAUACUGCAAUGAAGAAAAAGACGGACGACAUCCGCGCACAGCAGGUGCGUGAGCAAGCGAUGGCGGAUCGCACAAGACUAGCACGGGAUCGAGAGAGAUAUCAGAAAGAUAAGGAUGAGAAGCGACGUGACAAAGGCUCCCAAUCCAAAGAGAAGAAGUAG